UCAAAUUAAUCGCGUCGUUAAAAUUUCCCCCGCUAUUUCGCUAUUUGCUUCCAAUAUUUGCAAAGCCUAGUGCGAUGGAUGACCCUGAUUUUUCAGUUUCUUUAGUGAAACUAGAAUCUACAAAUCAAGAUGAGCAUGUUGAUGAUGAAAUGCAGACCACAUCGAACUCGAUUGGCAAUUCAAAAGAUUGUCAGCUGCUUUGGGAGUCUUUACGGAGGCAGAGUCAGCUGGAUAGAGUUCUGGAUACUCUGAUCAACAAGACUACUCGAUUGGUUGCAAGAAUCCAGGCUCAGACUGCAUCUGAAGAUGAUAGUGAGAUAGCUGUCCAACUUCUCUCCCAACUCGGUGUUUUAUUUGUGGAGGUGGAAACAAGUGAAGAUGGUGUUAAAGAGAAGAGAUACACUUUUGUAACUGACGUCGAGGCGCAACAGAACAAACAGACCAAUGCUGAAACUGUGCAAGACAUCAUCCAACCAGAGGAAACCUCAACACCACCAGUCUUCCCGGCUGCCAGUAUCCCAGUCCAGCAAGAAGAGAGUGACGAUGACAUGGCAGAUGGCUUUGAGGUCGAGCAGGAUGAUGGCAGCGAGAAGGAGAACACUGUCAACAAUAGCGACGAGCCAACCCCAGAGACCUCCUGCGACAAGUGUCAUAAAGAUCUUGGCUCUACCGUGAUGCUCGACUUCCAUAAGCUGCGCCACUGCGAAGUCACAAAGAAAACGCGCGGUCGCUCCCGUGUGAGAAGAUGCCCGACUUGUGGGGAAAAUUUCAAGCCUCAGGCGAAGCUGUAUGACCAUCUCUUGUCUGUACACGGUACGGAUAUAACUGAGGCAAUGAGGAUCCUUGACGAACUUGAGACUUCUGAACCAGAACUGCCGAGUAAACCAGUUCCGACGCCUGAAAAAUCCGGCUCGUCUAAAGCAGUUGGCAUGGAGGCAUCCCCAAAGGUGAUGAAAUGUGAAAUUUGUGAGGAGUAUUUCCAAAACCGAAUCCAGCUCCGCACUCAUCUGAUAGAAGAGCAUGAUUUCUCUCGACAGAAAGCAGUAAGUAGCGUCUGUGAAGCUGUUAAAUUAGCGCAGCAAGAAUACACUGUUACCAAGGAGGUGGCUCCCAGUGGACAGUAUCACUGCAUUAAAUGUAACUCUAAUUUUGAUGAAAGUCAGAAGCUUGUUAACCAUAUGGUGUCAUUGCAUGACAUGACUGUUGAGAAAUCAGAAAAGAUUGCCAACAAACGGCGCCUGGAGCUUGAAAGUGCCAAAUUUGCCUGUGAUCUCUGCACGAGUAGGUUCAGCGUGCGGGGAAGACUAUCAAAGCACUUGCUUGAAUUUCAUGGGCUCCUAAUUAAGGUUGUCAGAAGCAAAUUAGAAAAGUCGUACCCUCGAAAGAGUGAUGCUGGUUUUACAUGUGACCUUUGUUCAGCGACGUGCUGUAAGCGCUACGUGCUGUCACGCCACUUUGCUGCAAAACAUGGCCUUACAAAAAAACAAGCUAGGAAGAAGACUGAUAAACUGUACCCAUUAGGGGAUACUGUCGAAGCAACAAGUGUUUCGACAAGAAGCAAGGUACACUCAACGGGAAAAAGUAAAGCUCAAGAUGUCAAAUCUCGUAGAUCUCUAAGAAGUGCGCUUGAUAGAGGAGUGACAUCUAAAACGCCAGAACGCACAUCAAGAAGAUUGGCCAUGAAAGAAAAAAGCAUUUAUGUGGAGGAGGAUGAGGAGGAUGAAGGGGAGGUUGGUGAAAAGGGUCAUGCUGAGGCAACAGAGGAUGGGUCAAGUCAAGGUAAAAACAUGAAGAAUGACAAGGAAGAGCUAAAUGGGAAGGAAGCCAAAUCAGUCGACCAAGAUGAGACGGGAAGUGAUAAUGAUGACAAAGAGAAGGCGGAUGAGGAGGACAAAGAUGACAGUGAAGACGAUGAAGAGGCAGAAUUCGACAUGGAAAGUUUGGAAGGUACACAAAAGACUGCAGAGCAGCCGAAAAAGAAAAGGGGUAGACCGAGAAAGAUUAUCGAUGAUGGUGGGAAUACAUCAUCUAGGACAGACGAUAAAGAGGAGGAACCAGCUGAAGAGACCAUUGGGGAGUCUCCCAGGAAACAAGGGAGGUCGCGAAAGAAUCCAAACCCAAAACAAAUGGAACAAAAGAUCCCCAAGAAAAGGGGGAGACCCUGUUGGAAGCCUGACCCCGAUGGUAACUACAAAUGCACGAAGUGCGAUAAAACUUUUCUGAACUUAUAUUAUGCGAAACAACACAUGAACUCAAGACACAAUAAGAAGCCGGCUUUCAGUUGUAGCACCUGCAAGAAAGAAUUUUAUUUCAGAAACACGUUCAUGCGCCAUCUAAACUGCCACAAGAACGAAGAAAUGGGGAUCAAGUUCACCUGUGAGUUUUGUGGCAAAAUAUUCUUUGAUAAGUAUAGUCUUACGUCGCACAUCAAGUGCCAUAGUGCCGAGAAGCCUUACAAGUGUGAGUUCUGCGGCAGGGGUUUCUUUCACAGUUCUCUCCUGAACCGUCAUCGCAACUUACACACAAAAGAUGUCGAGUACAAGUGUACCAUCUGUGAUAGAGUGUUUUAUCGAAAGGGCGGCUUGACUUAUCACAUGCUGUCUAAACAUGAAGAAAAAAAUAAAUACGUAUGCUCCAUCUGUGGGCAAGGCUUUGCCACGAAGAGUACCCUGACCGCACAUAAGCCAACGCACAAUAACAGUCGCCCCUUCCAAUGCGACAUCUGCGGACAGCGAGUCAAGACUAAAGGCAACUUGAAGGAGCACAUGUUGUGCCUCCACACUGACAAGAGGGAUUUCAAGUGUGAAAUCUGCCACAAGACGUUCAACCGCAGUCACCGCUUGACUCUACACCUCAUGAUGCACCGGGAUGAGCGACCGCACAAGUGUAACCUCUGCGACAAAGCCUUCCGCACCAGGACCAACCUGAGGGUUCACGUGAAGUGGCACCAGGAUCAGCGGGACUACCAGUGCGAGCAGUGCGGCAAAACCUUCCUGAUCUCUGGCAACCUCGAUCGCCACAUGCAAACACACAAGAAUGGAAAAACUCCCCGGAAAAGAGCAACUCCGAAAGCGCCACCAACGGAAGACAUCAAGAUGGACUUGCAGAGUGCAACCACAGCUCAGCUCCCACUGGUAACAGAUGUGGUACAAGCAGAUGACACUCAAUAUCAGACUGUCCAGAAUAUAGUGGCAGAAGGGGGAUUUGAGUCCGAUCUCCCGACUCUUGCUUCCAUAGCUCAACACCUGUCCACCAUGAACAUCCCAGUGUUCCAAGUUCCCAAUCCCUCCACUCCAGGUGCCAUUCCGGAGACAAUCAGUGGUCCUAUACCAGUGACCAUCCAGACUAACGAUGGUACAUGUACUCCGUUACCAGGGUCAGUGAUAUCUGAUUACGGUCAAGUCCCGAGUCAUCAUCAACAGUUACAGAGCACUCCUCUCACUCAGUCAGUACAAGGUGAUUAUGACAUGGAGUUGGCAAUAAAUUAAUACUGAAAUUGUAAUUUGUAUAUAUUUUCAUAAUGAUUGGAACCCAAUUGGGAGACCAAAGUUUCCUAGUUGGGGGACUCAAUGUUCCCCAGUUUGGAGGCCCAAGGUUUUUAGGGAGCUAACUCGAUGGUUCUCCAGAAACCAUAUUGCAAAUUAGAUUUGUACUGUCUAGUACAAUGGUUUGCUUAGUCUCAUACUGUUUAAUUUGAAUGUCUCAGACUUUAGAGACAGUUGCUAUGUCAAUGGUUUGCGGAAAGAUUUUGUAUAGCAACUCCAGGGCCCAAUUUCAUUGUGCAGCUUAACGAAAAGCACAUUUAACAAAAGCAAAUUUUUGUUCUUACUGCAGCUAUGAAAUUGGGCCCUGAUGAGCAAAGCCUUGUACCCCUGUGCUAGAAACAUUCCUUCAAAAUUCUGUUUCGGUGUUUGUCCUCUCUUUUGUAACUGCGCAAAAGCUUGCAACGAUUCCUGUGACAAUAGCAACUGUCUCUUUUGAAUAGUAUAAGGAAUUAAUUGAAGCGUUAAUUUGUGACUAAGCAAGUCAUUGCACUAGACAGUAUUCAGAUCCAACUUUGCCAAUCGCUUAUUAGAAUGCCCAGAGUUCCAAACUGAGAGAUUUACAAUUCCCAAUUUGGAGACCCCCAUUAUGCCUUCUUCCUCAUUAAACAGGGGUGCAUGUGUAAAGUUGGUCAUGUUAGGAAGUGUCUCAAAAGUCGGUCAUGUAUGAAAGCGUCUCAAAAGUCGGUCAUGUAUGAAAGCGUCUCAAAAGUCGGUCAUGUAUGAAAGCGUCUCAAAAGUCGGUCAUGUAUGAAAGCGUCUCAAAAGUCGGUCAUGUAUGAAAGCGUCUCAAAAGUCGGUCAUGUUCUAGGUGCACAAGAGUGUUCCCGUGGGCACAUGCCUGCAAUCCAUUGGACAGCAAGAACGUUUCUCUAGGCUGCAUCACUGUGCUGAAGUACGAGACCAGUCCUACAGGAGUGAAUUUGCACAUUUAGUAUUUUUGAUGUUCCAAUGGAACGUUCUGGCAGUUCAAAGGAACGAUACAUGUGUGAGAGCUGGAAUACCUACAUGUAUCUGAUCAAUAUAUAACUUUUCUGAUUACUCCGACUUUUGAGCCACUCCCUUCAUUAUCCAGUUACCAGUGAUCCUCUACACUGUAAAAUUCAUUACAAAAUACUUUAAAGAGAAAAUUAUGAAUAAAAGUUGGAACAAUUUCUAAAUGCUGUAACGUUUGCAUUUCAACAUUAACUUUCACCUUGGGCAGUUGGGUACAAUUUAUAUUUGGCAACAAUUGCAUGUUAUGUUUUGUUAACAUCAAAACUUUGUAAAUGUUUUUGUACAGCUCUUUGUUUUCUUUCCUAAAUAACUGGCAUUCUUUUGAUAUUGAUAAUUUUAAAAGGUUUGUACAUACAGUUUUACUUUUGGAAUUUGGGUUUCUUUGCGAUAGGUUACUGAGCUGGAAAUUUAUAUGUUAGUUUUUUAUUAUGUAGGAAGUUAUUAUUAAUGUCAAUUUGAGUCUAGAGAUGGUGAAAGUCUAUCCAUUAGAUGUCAUACUAACAUAAUUCUAAACCUUGUUUUGUUUAUAAAACAAAUAUUAAAAAAAUAGAGAGGGGUUCAAUAUUUCAAUCAGAGAAACGGUUCAGUAUGAAACUUUUCUCAGAUUGUGUAUUCCAAUUACGAAUUAUAUUUCCUGCAUGGACAUAAACCGCUCCAGAUUGUUGGCAACACCUCAAAAAUGCUACCAACUAUUAAAAGGUAAGCUGUAUUUAUAAU